GCUUACGUAAGAGAGCUCGAGGAGGGGAGGGGAUUGUAGCUUAAUUUUUCCUGGAAUUGUGAAUUAGCCUCUGCGGUCUCUCACGACCAAAUCCACUGUUCAAAAGAAAGGAGAGAGCGGUGGUGUAAACCAGUUGAUGGAUCGAUAUGUUAAAGUAAGCAAAUAUUAUAAAGACAAUUAAUUGGAGAAGGUCCUCAAAGUGUCAGCUAAGUGGAUACAACUUCAACACAAAGAAGCCAUUCCAUCCAAGGAAACUGCCUGUGGCCCCUAGAUGGAUUUUGAGCAGCCCCCUCCAUAUCCGGGCCCUGGCCCCUCUGCCCCGGGAUAUCCGGCUCCGGGGUACCCCACCCAAGGACCACCUCCUCCGGGGUACCCCGCCCAAGGACCACCUCCUCCGGGGUACCCCGCCCAAGGACCACCUCCUCCGGGGUACCCCGCCCAAGGACCACUUCCUCCGGGGUACCCCACCCAAGGGUAUCAAUCCCUGGGAAACCCCGCCUACACAAAGCAGCCCAACCCCGCCUACCCCAACUUCCACCCGGGGGCUGGCGACCCCUACGCCCCCCAGCCGGGAUACCAGGGGUACGCCGUGGCCCCCCACCCUCAGUACGGAUGGCAGAAUGCCCCCCCAGUGGCACCGGUGUAUGCAGAAUCCCCCAAAAACACAGUGCACUUGGUGGAUGACGGAAGAAGAGGAGGUUCGGGGGAGAGCUGCUAUCUCGCGGGCUGCUUGGCAUUCCUGUGCUGCUGCACCCUGUUCCCACUGUGACCUCUCUGUGACCUCCUGACCUCUGACCCGCAUUGGUCAUCUGCAGGCCCAUGAUAUUUAGGAAUGGACAAAUAUUCAGUAUUAUAUUUUUUAUUUUUUUGAUAUUAAUUUCAACCCCCCCCCUCCCCCUUGUGAUGAGAUGGGAAUGUUGUUACAGCUAAAAAAAUGUUAUUUUGUUUUGGAGUCAUUGUCAAAUGUUGUUAGAUUUAAAUGUUCUUCAGCUGAGUAAUUUUUAGCUAAUUUCAAGUUCUGCUGGCACUGUGGGUGUACCAGGUGCUUUUAACUUGAACUCUGAAUUGAAUAAAUUAUCUGUAAUAUUACACUAGUUGUUUUUUUGGCAACUUUGGCAUUUUUCAUAUUAGAGACAUUAGCAGGGGUUCUCAUACAAUAUUUGAAAUCUGCUUUAAUCUCUUUUUUAUAUUUACAUUCCUACAAAAGCAAAGAUGAUUAAAAAAAAUGAUAUCUUACGUAAUUUUGCAUGAAGAUUAUGGAAGAAAAUAAACUUUUCAAAAGAG